AUGUCCAAAGGAACCAAACGCGCCUCGCCCGGUGCUACUGAAGAGAAGGAGAACCCCCUGCAAGGCAUCGAGCUCAGCGAAGAAGAUGCCCAAAAAUUGAACGACAUCCAAAAGGAUACGCAGCGGAUAGAGAUCUGGGUCGAACGUGAAACGGCAAAAAAACAGCUGCCUCUCUGGGAGAAACGUCGCGAGACUCUCAAGUCUAUCCCAAAAUUCUGGCCAGUGGCUUUGAUGAACCACGUUGGAUUCGGCAUCCACGUCCAGCACAACUCGGACCAGCUUGCUCUCACUUAUCUCGAGGACGUCUGGCUUACACGGGAUACGAAGGAGCAUCGUUCCUUCACUCUCGAAUUCUUCUUCAAGGAAAACCCUCACUUCACGGACAAGGUGCUCAAGAAGGAGUAUAAAUACAUAACCCCCCCUGGCGCAGCGGAUGAAAAGCCAGACGAAAAUGGUAUCACUGAGACCAUGCUCGACUUUUCAUGGGAACGUGACAUUGAGCCAUCGACGAUGAAAAUUAACUGGAAGGACCCUGCCAGAGCACUGACCAAGCUGUACCCUCGAGAGCCAGGCCCAGAGCCUGACGACGACCCCGUUGACCCGGGCAGUUUCUUCAACUUCUUCGAGCUCAAGUCGGAUCCCUAUGAAAUCGGGCUUACAAUUGCUAACGAGGUGUUUCCCGAAGCUGUCAACUACUUCUUGGACCAAGGCAAUGACGACGACAUCGAUUCAGACGACUCUGACGAUGAUUCAGACGAUGAUGAUGAUGCUGAGGAGAUUGACCUCGAGAAGCCCCGUAAAAAACAGAAGGUGUAAGGAGUUAGUGGUAUAAUGGUCCUAUUAUGGAGGCGGUAAUUACUGACACUGAUGAAUACUACAGCCCAUUGAAAUUAUAACUAUGGGGGAUGUUACCAGUGUUACCGGCAACGGCCGUGCUGAAUGGCAAAGGUCACUUGCAAAUGCC